AUGGCCAAACGAACUGCAAACAGCGCAGUACGGAGUGAUCACACUAAUCAAAUGAAGCAGACUUUGGGGCUGCAUGAUAUUAACACAUGUAUACAUACAUUAGUUUCAGGUGCUGAAUGUUCAGAUGAUCUGGAGAGUUUGAGGAUUGUGCUGAUCGGGAGGACAGGAAGUGGGAAGAGUGCAACAGGAAACACUAUUCUGGGAAGAGAUGAGUUUGAGAGUCAAGCAAGCAUGGAUUCAGUGACGACUGACUGUAAGAAGGGAGUUGGUGAAGUUGAUGGUCGAUCAGUAGCUGUGGUUGAUACUCCAGGACUCUUUGACACGACGACACUCUCAAAUGAACAAGCAGUGGAAGAAAUAGUGAAAUGUGUUUCACUGUCGUCACCUGGACCUCAUGUGUUUGUCAUUGUGUUGAGUUUGGGAAGAUUUACCAAGGAAGAAGCAGACACUGUGGAUCUGAUAAAGAAGAUCUUUGGUCAUAAAGCUGCUCAGUUCAGCAUCGUUCUGUUCACUAGAGGAGAUAAUCUCAAGGGUGAAUCUAUAGAAAAAUAUGUGGAGAGAGGAAAAAAUGCUGAGGUCAAGAAACUGAUCAGAGAUUGUGGAAACAGAUUCCUGGUUUUCAAUAACAAUGAAAAUCAAGACAAAACUCAAGUGAUUCAACUGUUAAACAUGAUAGAAGAGGUGAAGAACACUAAUGAGGGUCGAUACUUCACUAACAGCAUGUUUGAGGAGGCAGAGAUGUCCAUUAAGAAGAGAAUGGAGGAAAUAAUGAAAGAGAGAGAAAAAGAAAUUCAGACUCAGAAGGAUGAAUUACAAGCCAAAUAUGACAGAGAAGUGAGAGACAUGUUGAAGAGACUUGAGGAAGAGAAACAAAGAGCAGGUGAGGAGAGAAUGAAAAUGGAGAAUCAAUUCAGAGAAAAUGAGGAAAAACUCAGAAAAGAGUCUGAAGAGAAAGAAAAAAUGGAACAAAUGAAACAAGAGAUCGAAAAACAGAGGCGAACACUAGAGGAAAAACAGCAACAAGCUGAAUAUCAUCAAAAAAUAGAAGAAAUGAAGAGAGAGAUUGAAAAUCAGAGAUUGCAGUAUGAAAAACAGCAGAAAGAAAGAGAAGAACAAGAUAGAAAGAGAGAAGAGAAAUACAAACAAGAUCGAGAAAAGAUGAAACAUGAACAAGAAUGUGUUAUGACACAGUUAAAGAUGAAAGAAGAAGAAGAAAUAAAAAAGAGAGAUUUGGAGGAGAAAAGAAGAAAUGAACAAGAAGAGAAAGAGAGACAAGAAUGGGUGAGAAAAAUAAAAGAGGCUGAAAUUGACAGAAAAGAGACUCAAGAGGAAAUUAAACGACAGCAGAGAGAAUGGGAGGAUGAAAAGAAACGACAGAUAAGAGAACGAGAGGAAGAGGAAAGAAAGAGAAAAGAGAAACAUGAUGAACAGCUGAGAGAAAAACAAGAAGAACUGGAGAAAAUGAGAAAGAGAUUUGAAAAAGAGAGAGAAGAAGAACGACAGAAGAUAGAAGAGGAGAGACAGAAAGAGAGAAGAGAAAGAGAAGAAAAAGAGAGAGAUUAUAAAGACAAGAAAACUGAAAUGGAAAGACAUUAUGAGCGGCUGGAGCGAGAGAGAAAAGAGGAGUGGGAGAGAAGAAAACAAGAAGAUGAUGAGAGACGAGAAGAAGAGAGAAAGAGAUGGAAGAAAAUGAUUGAAGAUCUGAAACAAGAGCAACAAGAAGAGAUCAAGAGAAGAGAAAGAGAGGAGAAGGACAGAAAAGAAAGAGAAGAGAAAGAGAGAGAUGAAAUGAAACAGAAACAUGAAGAGGAAAUAAAAGUCAUAAAGAAGAAACUUGAAGAUGAAGCCAGAAAACAAGCAGAAGAGUUUAAUGAUUUCAGAGAGAGAAAAGAGCAGCACAUUCAGCAGCUCCAACAGAUGCUGGAAGAACGUCAGAAAGAAUACGAAUUACUGGAAAAACUCUAUCAGCACUUCAAAGAUGAGAAAAGUGAAGAAGUGACUAAUCUGAAAAAACAUAUUGAAGAUUUAAAAAAUAAAUGGUGUAGACUUAUGUGAAACUCUCAUAUUCAUCAGGGAGCCAAAUAUAAUUGACUCUUGUUUUUCCAGGUUUAGUUUUGGUUUUCCACAAUUGAACAGAUUUUCUUCUGGUGAGAUACCAUAAGCAUAAAUGAAAUGAUAAUUUUUUUUUAUUUUUUUUUCAUUAUUAUUAUUUUCAGAGACAAAUUUGGGAAACUGAAAAGCCUGUUUUAAAAAAAAGUCAUUCUGUGAUGCCUUUUAAUUGUGAACUCAUAUCUACCAAACUGUGCUGCAUCUGAUGUGUUUUAUGUGACUGUCUAUACAACUAAAAGGGGAUGAAAGUACAUUUUUUUUGUUCGAGCAUCAGUAACUCAGUGGUUGUUUGUGCUGGAUUUCUCAAACAACAUACACGGUAGCCACAUUUGUCUACUGCAAAUAAAACUCAAGUAAGGCUGAAAAUUAUCAAAGACUUCUGCUUUCCUGUUCCAAACAUAUCUUGAGUAACAAAAGUCCAUUUGGCAUUACUGAAGGCACAGAAGUGCUGAUUGUGUUCAAGGUCUGUCACACCUUUUGCACAGUGAGUGAAGCUGUAAUCUGCUGAUUGGUCAGUCUGAAUGUCUCCCGGUUGGUUUUUAGUCACAUGGUCCAGGAAGGGAUAAAAGAAGACUGUAACUGUUGCUCUGUCUCUUUCCUUUGCUGGCACUCUCUUCUUGGGGCUCUGCCCUCUCUCCCUCUCUCAGGUAAUAUUUGACAUACAUGCUGGGUACAAUUAAUUGUUUAUGUUUAACCAUCCUUCAUUUAUUUUGUAAUCAAUUCAAGUGUAACCAUAACCAAAUACUGUUAUUAAACAAUUUCAUUUAUAAACUGUGCUAACUAGUCUUGAUUCAACAUUAACAUUGAAGUACUACCUAGUGCAAUACAAUAUGGUAACACAAUAGCAACGCUCU